UUGUAUCUAGAACGCAGUGCAUUGUGGGACGUGGGCUGAUGUUGAAGUCAAGAUGGCUGUGAAUCUCAGGCAGAGGAAAGAGCCUGCAGUAGGAAGGCCGUGAAUGAAGUUUUGAAUUGAAAAUCCUUCGUCGCUGCCCGUUUAGACUUAAACCAUCGUGCUGUUGAAGUUGUAAUCAACCUGUGGAGGACUUGAUACAUUCACAAACAGCAACAGAAUUACAAACAACUGAGGAUAAAGUCUCGUAUGAAUUCCGACGAGAAGGAGGACUGUGAGUGUGCGCCACCACAGGCCGAGACUAGCCCCACAGAAGGACCAUAUAGAAAAUACGAGGAGCCUGAAAUAGAAAACCCAGAAGCAAGCCGAAUGAAGCGAGCAGCUGCCAAACAUCUAAUAGAGCGCUAUUACCACCAGUUAACGGAGGGCUGUGGGAAUGAGUCGUGCUCUAACUCAUGGUGUGCCUCAUCAGUCGGCUUCAACCGCAUGGAUAACAACGCAGCGGCGGUCAAAGCCCUGGAGCUCUACAAGGUCAACUCUAAGCUAUGUGACCCCCACCCCUCGAAGAAAGGCACUGCCUCAGCCUACCUGGAGAGCAGCGCACACAGCAACUCAGCCUGUAGCAACAGGAAGAUGAACCAUAAAGAUAUCCACUCUGUACGAGACAAUUUCAAAGAUGUAACUUACCUGACAGAGGAGAAAGUGUAUGAGAUCUUGGACAUCUGUGGAGAGAAGGAAGAUUACUCACCUCUGAUCAGGGUAAUAGGUCGGGUGUUCUCCAGUGCUGAGGGCCUGGUGCAGAGCUUCCGGAGGUCCAAACCUCACACCAAGGAGGAGCUCAAGUCCCUUCAAGGUAAGGAUGAGGACAAGGAUGAGGAUGAGAAGGAGGCAGCCGCCUGCUCUGCUACAGCUAUGGAGGAGGACUCCCCUGCCUCUUCUUCAUCAUCAAGGCUUGGAGAGGGCUCCUCGGGGGAAAAUGAUGUCCAAAAGCUGGCCCCUGAUGAGGUGUCCGUGGACAUUGAAGCCGUGCGGCGGGUGUAUGAGCGCCUGCUGUCCAAUGAGAAGAUAGAAGCUGCCUUCCUGAAUGCACUGGUCUACCUCUCACCCAAUGUAGAGUGUGACCUGACGUACCACAAUGUGUAUUCACGAGACCCAAACUACCUGAACCUGUUUGUUAUAGUGAUGGAAAACAGCAAUCUCCACAGCCCAGAGUACCUGGAGAUUGCCCUCCCACAGUUCUGCAAGGCCAUGAGCAAACUGCCACUGGCAGCUCAGGCUAAGCUGGCACGCUUGUGGUCACACUACAGUGCAGAGCAGAUCCGGCGCAUGGUGGAGACCUUCCAGCAGCUCAUUACCUACAAGGUGAUCAGUAACGAGUUCAAUAGCCGCAACCUGGUCAACGAUGAUGAUGCAGUGGUGGCGGCCACCAAGUGCUUGAAGAUGGUCUAUUAUGCAAACGUGCUGGGCGGCGACCUUGACAUGGAACACAAUGAGGAAGAGGACGAGGAGCCCAUCCCAGAGUCCAGCGAGCUCACCUUGCAGGAGCUGCUGGGCGAGGAACGGCGGAACAAAAAGGGUCCCCGGGUGGACCCACUGGAGACGGAGUUGGGGAUCCGCACCAAUGAUUGCCGCCGGCCACUCAUUCCCUUUGAGGAGUUUGUCAAUGAGCCUCUGAACGAGGUGCUGGAGAUGGACAAGGACUACACUUUCUUUAAGGUUGAAACUGAAAACAAGUUCUCCUUUAUGACCUGCCCCUUCAUCCUGAAUGCCGUCACCAAGAACCUGGGUCUGUACUAUGACAACCGCAUCCGCAUGUACAGUGAGCGGCGUAUUACUGUGCUCUACAGCUUGGUGCAGGGUCAGCAGCUCAACCCCUACCUGAGGCUCAAAGUACGCCGAGACCACAUCAUUGACGACGCUCUGGUCAGGCUGGAAAUGAUAGCAAUGGAGAAUCCUGCAGACUUGAAGAAGCAGCUGUACGUAGAGUUUGAAGGAGAGCAAGGUGUUGAUGAAGGAGGUGUUUCCAAAGAGUUCUUUCAGCUGGUGGUCGAGGAAAUCUUCAACCCAGAUAUUGGCAUGUUCACAUACGACGAGCGCACCAAACUGUUUUGGUUCAACCCAUCAUCCUUUGAAAAUGAGGGCCAAUACACUCUGAUAGGCAUCGUUCUUGGUCUGGCCAUCUAUAACAACUGUAUCCUGGAUGUCCACUUUCCUAUGGUGGUCUACAGGAAGCUGAUGGGCAAGAAAGGGACUUUCAGGGACUUGGCUGAUGCCAACCCGGUUCUGUACCAGAGUCUGAAGGAGCUGCUGGAGUACGAGGGCAGCGUGGAAGAGGACAUGAUGAUCACUUUCCAGAUUUCCCAGACAGACCUGUUUGGGAACCCACUCAUGUACGAUUUAAGGGAAAAUGGUGACAAGAUUCCAGUCACAAAUGAAAACAGAAAGGAGUUUGUGGCCCAGUAUGCAGAGUACAUGCUGAACAAAAGUGUGGAGAAGCAGUUCAAAGCGUUCAGGAGAGGUUUCCACAUGGUCACCAACGAAUCACCGCUCAAAUACCUGUUCAGACCAGAGGAAAUCGAGCUCCUAAUCUGUGGAAGCAGGAACCUGGACUUCCUAGCACUUGAAGAAACAACAGAAUAUGAUGGAGGUUAUAACAGAGAUUCUAGAAUCAUCAAGGAAUUUUGGGAGACAUUGCACUCAUUUGGUGAAGAGCAGAAGCGCCUCUUCCUGCAGUUCACCACCGGCACUGACAGAGCACCUGUGGGUGGGCUGGGCAAACUGAAGAUGAUCAUUGCCAAGAAUGGCCCUGACACAGACAGGUUACCAACGUCUCACACUUGCUUUAAUGUGCUGCUGCUGCCCGAGUACAGUAGCAAGGAGAAGCUGAGGGAGAGACUGCUGAAAGCCAUCACCUAUGCCAAAGGGUUUGGCAUGCUCUGAGCCCCUGCUCCAAACACACAACAAACGGACUCCUUCUCAGAAAGCCCAUCAAACCCUGCCUCGCCCUUCCUUUAUCAGACACAAUCUAAAAGGUGACAAAAGACAGACCAGAGUAUGUUUCGAGGAAAAGCAAGUCAAUUAUGAAAGAGGAGAAAUGGUUCCAAUAGAGUGCUCUAGUAGUUCUUCUACUGUGCCUGCAUCAUCUCACCUCAGUCAGUGUAAGCACAGAGACCUCUUGAUCAAAAUACCCACCCCCACAUCCACAUUAUGUGAAUGUGCCACAGCCUCCCCGUCUUUUUUUCUAUGUACAGAGAGGAUCAUUUUCCUUAUUAUUUAUUUUAAGGUUAAAAUGGGUUAUUUUUCAUGCCUGCCUAUUGUAAUAGCUUCCCUACUUGGGGAGGGUUAAUAUUAAACUAUGUAAAUUUGGGACAAUGCAUUAACAAGUCAAUAUAAACCCCAUGUAUUAAACAAAAACAUGUUAAAGUAGCCCUGAACUCUUGUUCAUAGACCGUUGACAGAGAAAAUCUAGUCUUAGAGUGGUCUUUUCUUCAAAAUAUUGUAUUCCCCACUGAAGAAAGAGCUCUCGCUGACCAUUCCACUCACAGCCAUCAGUUAUGGUUUCUACCAAGUCCAUUUUUGAUCAAGGUAAGCAUUUUGGAAAGUUAGUCAUUUGGUCCAAAAUGGCACAUUAUCAAAUAGCUGUUUUUCUCUUUUGUUUUUGGGCCUUUUUUCCUCCUUUGUGUGUGUGGGGGGGGGGUCCGCAGGUUAGACUAAAAUCUUGUCAGAGCUGUGUAAGUGCACUUAGACAUUUUCAGAAUGUUUGUUUUUUGGCCACAUGUUGCCAUGAUUGUUUGAAGCAUUUUAUUUCCAUGUCUUCCUGUGUUGAUGAUUCUAAAUAAAAACAGUAUUUAUAUAUCAGUGCGGUUGGAACUACAAUACCGUAUUGUGCAUGUUUUGGAGGAUGUACACAUGUAGACCAGUCACUGAUGAUGUUCUCAGAUAGACAUAGAGCUCUUCUUGUGCCAACCUAUACAGUCAGUUGAUAGGUGAAACCCCAUUAAGCACUUUGUGUUAUAUAUUUCUGGCUUGGGAUGAAUAGACAGCUCACAGUGCAGAGUCUCUGUUUAAUGUAAACCCAGUUUAUGUGGAACCUCCACAUGUAGAGUCCAGAAGGCAGUGUGUACUAAAGAAAGUCUCCACAGACAUUUUCACUGACAAAGCUUUGGUACCUUGUUAUCUUUAAUCCAUUGGACUUAAGUCUCUGUCUGUGGUUACACCUGUCAUUUUAAUACAUGUAUCCUCCGACAACACGACAAAUAACCUGAUCUAAUGUCUAAGUGGUUGAAUUCACAACGCCAGGCCAGAUCCCAAUGUGAGCCGGCUGGCACUGUGUCGGAUACUGGGCAAGUAAGGACAGCAGUCUAAGCACAAUUUGAACAAACUGAUUAAGUCAAAGCUGCAACCCAAGUCUCUGAGAAGCCCCUGAUACGUUCCUAUCCUCAAAGACUGGAAGCAGGCAGAAACAAUUAACCUAGCUCUGUAGAGCAAAAAAAAAUCCACCUGUCAAAAACUCCAUAGUUGUCAUAUUGUAUCUUUUAGUUUAACGUAUGUAGAAAGGCUAGGCUAAUUGUGCCCCCCUGCUUUCAGUCGUUGUUCUAAGCUAAGCUACACAUGUCCUCGACCUGCGUACCUCGUAACAUUGUUAUUGAUUGUCUUCUCUGACUCUGGGGGAGACAGUGCUGUAUGGACACAUCACUGAUCAGAUUGAUAUUUGGAUCUGUCACAUUCAAUGAGAAUGGAAACAGGUGUAGCCACUGUCUAUGGAAAAGUCUAAAAAAAAGUUUAAUAGCACUUGUUCUGUUAAUUUUAAUUGGAAUAUCAACUGUGAAACCAUCCCCCCACAGACUAGGCAGAUCUUUGUUUUUUGUAAAUCUUUUUUGUUCAGUUGAAAUGGCUGUACUUGUUAAGGACUUGAGUAAUAUCUGUAUGAUGUUCUUGCGCACAGGCUCAAUUCACUGGUUUAAAUGUUUGUUUUUUUUUUUUUAAACAACCUGGGUCUUUUUUGUAGUUUUGGCUAUGAUUCUUUUCAUUUUCUAACUCGAUAGAUUGCAUUAUUCGUCAUCAUUAUUAUUUAAACCACUUACUUGAAAGUGAAAACGAAAUGGACACACCUGAAAUGUCCUUUUAACAGUUCAUUGCAUUGUACACAUCCAGUAACUUUGUUAAGUAUGGUAGGUCAAAGGUGAUCCAAGAAAGCAAAAGUUAGUUGUUUACCAUACACUGUGUGUAAUCUCCUUUUAAAGGACAUACCAGUGGUUUUAGCCCAUUUACUAAAAAUCAUGUAUACACACAUACAUUACAGCCAACCCUUUUGCAAACCAUGUGCUGUUUUUUAGAAAUUUGAAUUAUUUCUACCAUUCAAUUCAUCCAUUGGGUUCCAGUCAUUUCAGUAUAAUAUGAAAAUCAAUUAACAGACUCUUGAAACUUGGUUAAGUUUUGUAAACCAUCACGGUGAACAUCAAGUCUGCAUUACUUUUUGUCCAACUUAGAUUAUCAUUCUAACAUAGUGCAGUGUAGACUUUUCAAGCCAAGCUUUACUUAAAUUUCACUACCAGACAAAGAUAUUUUAACACUGACAUAAAUCAACGCAGACUUGAUGUUCAUUGUGAUGGAUUAAACAACUCAAGCAAGAGUCUGCUGAUAGAUUUUCAUAUUGGAUGUGAAUGAAUGGCGGCCAAUGGGAACCUUGAACAGUGUGAAAAAUACAUGUAUAGCAUACAUUUGAACACAGUCAUCAAAUGUAACACUUGCAAACACACUGGUCCUUUAACAUUUACUUUAACUUUUGUUUUACUUCCAAAUAAGUGGUUGAGAUAAUUUGGGUAAACUCUGGACAAAAACUUGUUUGACCACUUUUAACCAUGCACAGUGCUGUAAAGCUGAUCUUACAGUUUCCCCUCAUCUUCAAAUUUGGUAUUAAAUGGUAUAGUAGUUGUGUCAAAGUCUGAUUACUAGCUUUUCUGAGCUUUCAGCCAUAUCUCAUAGUCCUAAUCAGUAAAUGGCGCUGGCUCAGGUGUCAUCACGUGCCCUAUGUAUGGAACUAAAGUCGCAGGAUACUAAGUGGUCGUACAUGGGGCGUUGGUGUGGUAACCCCUGUCUCUGUUCAAAGAUGGUGUUUGGCGUCAAGGACCAUCAAGAGACUGAAUGAACACCAGAAACAGACAACAUCAACUGUCUGUGAAGACCAGACCAAAACCACUCACAGCAUCCACUGGGAAGAGGUCAAAGGUCAUGGACCAGGAGUCAGUGGAUGACCGGAGAAAGAUCAAGGAGGACAUUGACAUCUGACACCAGAGACCAUCUUUGAACAGAGACCGGGGUUACCAUCUCUCCACAUAUACAGCCAUCUCCUAUCAUGUAACCAAAGUUAUUUUCUUUGGUCACAUGAUAACACCUGAGCAAACACCAUCUACUGAUGAAAACCAAAAGAUCACAAGAAGUGGAAGAUUUUUUGUCAAGACCCAGAUUAUUAACAUAAAUGGUUUUCCUUAAACCAGGACUAUUACAGACAGUAUAAAUCCUUGUUGAAAGUAACAGCGUAGUGAUACAGCGAGAGUUUUAUCUGCAUUGAUACUUUGAAAGCUACAAGGUGUCAGUGACUACAACAGUCUGCUGAUGAUCACUGACCAGUUGUUCAGACAGGUGGGUGUUUUGUGUGCUGUCAUGGGCACUUUAGUGGUGGUUGUUGUAUUGUAGGAAGUUGAAUCUGUAGCUGAGGCCGUCUUAGUGAUGUGUCUGCAAGAGGACUAUCUAAUUUUUUUUAAUUUUUUUUUUUGAAACGCUGCUCAGCCUGUGAGCGUCAUGGUGCCCACAACAUGCCACUAAACCACUGUGCUCUCACCACAGCAGUACACAGCAACCCUGAGCCAUUCUUUCUGUUCCAUUGCUUUACUUUCUCAUCUUCAUGGUUUCAGCCAGACCUGGGCAAAAUUAUGUUGGAGAAUUCAUUGGAGUCACUUUGGACAGUACAAAGAGUGCCUGAAAAUGUGGACAAACACUGGACUGUGUCACUACAGCAUACAAUAUGUUUGUGCGAUUUAACAACUUAGCUGGCAUUGUUAUACUGCAGUAAACCUCAAUCAUAUAGACCCCCUGGCAUUUUAAAAGAAAAGUUAAGGAUUACUUACAACGGUUAUUGAGCCCAGGUCUGGUUUUAGCUGUUUAACAUUACUCUGUACCUCUGUUUUGUAAUGCUGAAGAUGCUGCUCACCUGGACAUGUGAAAGGGCUCUAGAGCCAAGUGAAGGUAAAAGGUGAAAGGUCAACCUGAUCUUGGAAAGGGAAGCAGUUUUCAUCAAUUGGUUUGACUCAACAGUUACAUUCUAAAAGAUACAAACUGAUGAAAGGCUAAAAGUAUUCAGUGUUGUGAAAACAUGCUAAAUAAAGAUGACUGCUUUUUUCCAACGUG